AUGCUGCACUCGCUUCGCUCGGUGCACACCUCUGCGGUGGCGUCGCAUGCGCGGCUGUUCAUGCAUCGGUGCAUGUGGAUUGCCCAGGUGCACCGUUGUCGCCCAGGCAAACGCGCCCCCGACCCCGACUCAGACAUCGAAGCCGACGCUGCUGACGACAACGGUGCGUCGGAUACGUUGGAGCGCGACGUCCAAGAGGCCCUUGCAGCCGGCCUUGAACUCGACACGGAGCUCGCUGCCGCAGACGACGCCGCAGGCCUCGAGCAGCAUCUCGAGCCGCUGCCCGACGAGCAGCGCGACACCCCGGCGCCAGGGCCACUCGCGCACGCACGCGCCGUUGGUGACGAUGACGAUGACGCAGGCCUGCGCCGAGACUACGUCCUCGGCCGGUGCCCGUCGUGCCCCUCGCCUGACAGCGUCGCGCACGGGUAUCUCGAGUGCCCCGUCGUCUGGGAGCGCGUCUGGCAGCCGUGCCUCAAGCUGCUCCCCCUGCUCCAUGGUCGUCUGUGCGGCAAACUUGCAACGCGCGUCCUCGAUGGAUUCAGCGCGCCGUUCGACAUGGUCUGCUACUGGCCGGCGCGGCAUUUUGCAACGCCGGACGCCGAGGCACUCCGCUCCCGCCUUGCCCUCUGGCGCGACGUCGUCAUCGCACACAUUGCCGACGCACGACACGCCGCAAUAGCUGCCUCGGCGCACGGGUUGCAGCGCGUGCUCGCUAGCUACGGCGAUUCAGCCGCAGCCGUGACCCGCGAGCUCACAGCUUGCCUCUCUGCAGCGCGGGCGCGAGCGAGCGUGUCUGCUGCUGCAACUGCAGCCUUUGACAGGCGAUGGAUCGACGACGGCUCGCUGCUGGAGCCAUGA